AUGGAAAACGACUUGAAGGAAGAACUAAAUAGAAGAAUGAGAGCAGCAUGGGCAGCAUUCGCAGCCAUCAGGGAAGCUACGGACCAACUGACGGACGCCUACCCUGCCCAUCUGUUCGACUCGACAGUCCUUCCAGCGUUCUGUUACGCAGCGGAGACGUGGGCAGACACCGCGGCCACGUCUAGGAAGCUACUUACUACCCACAGAGCCCUUGAGAGAUGUCUCCUGAAGUUUAACCGGCGCACACACCUAGCCGGUCUUCGUAGCUCCGACUUAAAAGGAAUGUCCCUUCUUCGCGACCCAGCGGAAUAUGUAUCGAAAGCAAAACAUAGAUGGGCCGGUCACAUCAUGAGAAGAAUCGACGAUAGAUGGACUAAAAGAACGCUAGAGUGGAUCCCGAGGGACGCUAAACGUCCCCGAGGGAGACCGCCAACGAGAUGGGGUGACGUGUUCGCUACAGGGAUGGACCAGCUGAAAGCUCAGCUGGUACGGCUCAAGGACCUCGUCAACGUCACUCACGAAGCUUGA